AUGGUCGUGUUCGUGGACCUCGAUCAGGAUGCGUUCGAUAAUCAUCACUUCUCUGUCUCGCAGGAUGCACUUCUUCAUCGUUUUGCAGAGCCGAGAAAAAGUUCCUUGUCUAAGUUAAUGGGGACCACACUCGGUCUGUCGACUCGCUCCGCCGAUGCUGAUAUGGCGACGAAUGACGCGAAUCCCCCUUCUACUGAUGCAACCCGCAACCCUUCUCCCUCUCCUACUCAGCAGACGCCUCCGAGUCAAACCGCUUUCUCAGCUGCCUUGAGCUGCUAUCCAAUUGUCAAGGAAAUUGCACGAUCGGUGGACUUGAAUACACUGCACGCACUAUCUCGAACUUGCCGCCAAUUCCACGCAAAUUUAGCUCCCUAUCGCCAACAGCUGGCGAAACAAACCUUGCGUUGUGAAAAUGAAUACAUCGAGACGCUGUCGGAUCUGUUGGGUAGCGGUGCAGCGAUUCCAGACAGCGUCAAGUCCGUCAUCCAGCUGUUAAGCCAGGGUGCGACGUCGUCAGGCCGCCUGACCCGUGGAAAAGUCGCGAAAUGCGCGCGCGACAUGGUCGCCGAAUGUCGGGGUUGCUCCAAAGUUGUGUGUCGCAACUGUAUCGCGAAGCCCGUAACGAGCAACGUGUUUAAGAAUCGUAUCCGUCGCCUUUGUACCACUUGUCGGACAGCGCCCCUCGCCGACCUCCUCACUCCCACCCCAUCCGACCCGUCCAACCGGGUCGACAGCUUUACCGCGCCCGCGUUUCUCCGCUCUCCAUGCUCGUGUCAGACGGCCGUGUGGCUUUGUCAUCAAUGUGGACAGAAAUUACGGAGCAAUGAUACCACCUACCGUCGCGUAUGGACAUGGCGCACUCGUUACAGUACAUAUCUGGGUGGGCUUGGGACUGGGAUUGGUGAGGGUUGUCAGGGAGUCAAGUGCGGACGGGGGAGAGACUGUCUCGCCGCCCAAGAAAUCGAGCUGGAGGUGGAAUGCGAGGCGGACGAGUCGGCCAGCAGCUCGCCGGACCACCCGCAUGUAGGAUUUGGUCACCGGCUCGGCGGCGACGGGCAUUCGGACUCGCACAACCACCCCAGUGAUCGAUUGGAAAGCCGCGAGGAGGAAGAGCCCGGAUACUACCGCCAGGAGAUUAUCGGGAUCGGAGGCCGCGUGAAGCAAAAGGCCAAAAAGCGCGUUACAGUGGGGGCGUGUGUCGUGGAACAUGAGGACGAACGGGACACCGGUCAGUAUCUGGGCCGAGAAGAAGAGGGACUCCAUCGAAGCUGGUGCGGGUGGUGUUGGAGGGUCAUUCCCGCAAAACACGAGAUGGUCGACUUAUGA